AUGAAGAUCAAUUCAUUAUUAUUUCCAGUUUCAAUAAUCCUGUUCUCCUUACCUAAAACUACCGCCUAUUAUGUUCCAGCAAAUGGUGAUGAUUGGUCACUUUUAAAACCCGAUCGUGGAAUUUUAGAAGGCAAUUUUGAAAGUGUUCCAUUUUCAUUUGGAAUAGUUGUUAAUCCAUAUUUAGUUAGUGAAAAGGGAGAUUUAUUAGAACCACCAAUUUCUACGAUUGAAAGAUCCAUGACUACCAGUUUUGUUACAUCUGUUGUUACCGCUGCUCCAAAACCCACAAAAACAAAAGAUAUUAUUAUGCAAAUAAAUGAUGGACAAGUACAAAAAGUUAGAACUGAGGAUGAAGAAUCACAAGAAGGAGGAAAGAGAAAACAAGGCGGGAAGGAAUUUAGAGAAAGAGAAAGAGGUAGAGAAAAGGAAAGAGAAGAAGAAGAAAUUAAUGGCGGUAAGUUAUUAAAAAGAGAUGAAUUAUCAGAAGUUGCAAAUGGAGAAGAUAUCCAAGAAGAAAUUGAAACUGUUGAAGAGAUUUAUGAAGAGAUUGAUGGAGAACCAAGACUUAUUGAUAGACAAAGAAAGAAGCAUAGUGGAAGACGUGGUGGUAAUAAGAAGAGACCACAAGAAGGUAGUGAACAAGUUCCUCUUCCAAAUGGUCCAGAAGAUGAAUUCCAAUCCCCAGUUUAUUCAGUUGCUUGUUAUACUAAUUCAACCUUAAGAAUGACAUUACAAAAUUCCAUCUUGAAAGAUUCAGAUAAUAGAAUUGGAAGUAUUGUUUCUGGUCAUCAAUUCCAAUUCGAUGGUCCAACUCCUCAACAUGGUGCUGUUUAUUGUGCUGGUUGGUCAAUUACUAAAGAUGGACAAUUGGCUUUAGGAAAUUCAACUAAAUUUUAUCAAUGUGCUUCUGGAAAUUUCUAUAAUUUAUAUGAUGAACCAAUUGGAUAUCAAUGUCAUCCUGUUACUUUAGAUGUUGUUGAAUUGAUUGAAUGUCAAGAUGAUUAA